AUGGCAACUGUGUUGCGUUUGCACGCCCUCAUCAUCUUCAGUCUCUUUCUCUUUGCCUUCUCCAUAAGUACUCUUGCCCACGAUUUGCGUGACGUGAAUGGCGACCCUUUAUAUAAUGGAGGCUUAUACUAUAUAUUCCCAGUUUAUACAGGAAACGGUGGUGGCCUUGAGCUUGCCAGAACUGGAAGAGAUACCUGCCCUCGAACUGUGGUGAAAUCUAGCUCUGAUACCUCUAAAGGCUUGCCAGCUCGAUUGGCGUCCCCAUCUACUAGCCUUACUCUCAGAUCAGACUUCCUUCUAACAAUUGAGUUUCAACUGGAAAAUCCGAGCAUUUGCUACCGCGGUAGUAGGUUACAGUGGAAGGUUGAAGGAGAAUCACAAACAGUGAAGAUUGCUUCUUCUAAGGAUGAAGAGGAGGUGUUUACUGGUCCAUUUAAAAUUCAGCCGUAUAGAGGUUUCUACAAGCUUGUUUACUGCCCGGUAUAUCCAUAUAAUGGUCGUGAGUGGUGUACAGAUCUGGGAAUCUCCAUGGACGACCAGAAGAACAGGCGUCUGGUUGUGAAAGAUGGAGAACCACUCAAAGUUUGUUUCAUUAAGGCUGAUCGCAGAGGUGAUGAAGAAGACGAAGAUUUGGACGAGUGA